AACAUAAAGUACAUCAACAAGUAUUGGGAACGUGUGAUCGAUUAUCGAUAAGUUGUCGUUGAAGUAAAAUGAUAGUUAUUUCUGGUGUGGAUAAUUACUAUUUAAAUGGAACCGUUGAGAUUACAACAGUUUUAGGUGCAUUCUUUGGAGUUAUUGCUUUGAUGUUUUUAUUUUUUUUGUAUGUUAAUCGUAAAUGGUGUUUUCAUGCACGUCAUGGUUUAAAUUGUUGCAACGAAAAAAAUUUCCCAUCCAAAUAUGUACAAAAAAUAUGUAAGUCACGCAAACGACGUUAUGAAAAUACCAGCUCUGAUUCAGAAGAAGAUAUUUUGCGACGUCUUCGCCUACAACAGCAACGUAACAAUAAUUUAAAGGCCAACGGGCAGUUUACUAGUUACGGAAUAAAUCAAUUUAGUCCAUUAUCACAUAAUUAUAGUUAUAAUCAAAGUGAGUUGCAACGAGUCACUGUUACACCGCGUGAGUCAUCCAGAGAUGAUCCAUUAGCUAUAGCAGAACGUGGCAAAGUUGGAAUUCCAUCAUCACAUAGUGAAUGCAGUUCAAAUGAUUCCGUCGAGGCAUCCAUUGAUAGUCAUACGGGUCUUUUAAUAUCAGAUAAGAGAGAUCGACAGAUAAUUGGUUCAAAUAAAACUACAGAUGGAAGUGCUGCCUCAUCUCUCAAAGAAUCACGCAUUGAAACAAAAGCAGAUGUUAUUAAGCCCAUCAAACUGCAAAAACUCUCAACAAGUUCCCAGAGACAGGAUAGUUUAGAUGAUGUACCCGAUUUGCAAACUAAUAAUAACCAUAUUAACAACAACAAUAAUAAUGAAGAUGAACCUUUAUUUGAUACCAGUGACCUACGUUCUGUGAAAUCUGAUGAGGUCUCCGUACAAAAUCAGUGUUACGGCAAAAGUGGUAGCAUUGAAAUCUCCCUAUUGUAUGAUGCACCCAUGCGAAAGAUGACAGUGCAUGUAUUGCAAGCCAGAGGGCUACCAAACUUUGGUAAUAUUCAACAAACUCACACACAGGUGAGAUUGCUAAUGUUGCCAAGCAAGAAACAGAAGCAUAAGACUAAAAUACGUUCAGGAGAAAAUCCACAAUAUAUGGAAAGUUUUCUCCUGCAUCGUGUUAAUCCCGAAGAAGUUAAUGGUAUGGGUUUGCGUGUACGUGUCUAUGGUUGCGAGCGUUUGAGAAAAGAACGUCUUGUGGGUGAGGCAUACGUUAGUUUUGCAACAAUCGAUUUAGAAUUAGAAACCAAUUUAUGGUUACCUUUGGAGCCACGUAACACAUCAUCUAUAAUGGGUUCAACAAGUGAUUUAUUAAGUUUAGCAAGGUCCGAAAGUGCCGGCUCAACCACUUCAAUGCAACAUGGAGGUGUUUCAGAGCUAUUAUUAGGUUUAGGUUAUAAUGGUAUAACGGGUCGUUUAACUGUUGAAAUUGUUAAGGGCAGCCAAUUUCGCUGUUUGUCAUUAAGUAAAGCACCCGAUACAUAUGUGAAAUUGUGUUUGGUUAGUAGUAUAGGACAAGAGAUUUCCCGAGCAAAAACAUCAACUAGAAGAGGACAGCCGAAUCCCUUAUUUAAAGAAACAUUUGUGUUUCAGGUGGCACUCUUUCAAUUGAAUGAUGUUACGCUUAUGGUCUCAGUAUAUGCGAAACGAAAUAUGAAGAAAAAUGAAAUGGUCGGUUGGUUUAGUCUUGGGCUAAACUCAUCUGGACCAGAAGAAGUUGCGCAUUGGAUGGAUGUGCGUGAAUUGCCAAAGGGGGAGCUCCUAAUGCGUUGGCAUGUUUUGGUGGAUUCCUGAUUCGAACAGUUAGGACACUCUUCUCGACGUGGAAGUGGCCUAAGCUUAUUGGGUUUCACGUCGAAAGAAAAGUCCAAAACAAAAAAGCCUAAAGAGGAGAGCAAUGCUGAAAAAGACGCUGUUGCUGUCAAUAUUGAGGCUGGCCUUGAGCCCGGUUUGGAGCUAGACUUUGUUUGAGAAUUAAAUAAAGUCAUUUUGUUGUUUUUGUAAACUUUUUUAUUAUUUACUCCACCGAGAGU